AGGAACGGAAAAUGGCGGAUCUCGAAGACGUUACCCUGGACGGGAGACCGCUCCAGUCCCUUCGAGUUGCGGACUUAAAGGCUGCCCUUGAGGAAAGAGGACUGUCAAAAAGCGGGCAGAAGAAUGCUCUUAUUAAAAGGCUCAAAGGGGCUCUCAUGCUGGAGAACCUGCAGAGGACCUCCACCGCUCACAUUGGGCUGCAGCCAAAUUCACAGAUUGGUGAGGAAAUGAGCCAGAACAGCUUCAUCAAGCAGUAUCUGGCUAAACAACAGGAGCUCCUGAGGCAGCGUCUGGAGAGAGAGGCUCGUGAAGCGUAUGAAACAAAUGACCAAGACGAGGACCACACAGAAGUCAACAACAGUAUGAUGUGCCCAUCUCAAGCCCAGGGCGUUACACCAGCACUGGGUGAGCAGCAUAAGCCCCCUGGCCCUUCUGGCGGAGAGGGAAUGUUCGGUGCAAAUGCGGGACAACUUCACAGGAACCAGGAUAGUGAAAUGUCUGCUUCUGGUUCAAUGCGUGUUCCUGGUGGUGCGCAGCGACUAGAGAGGGGCUCUGCAUCCAAUGAAGUUGAUGACGACAGCGAUGAGGAGGAUAGCGAGGAUGCUGAAGAUGACGGUGAUGACGAUGACGAUUGGGACAGCGGUGCUCGGAGGAGAAACACCAGAGAGCCAGCCAGAGUGCCAACAACAAGAGAGAGGUCUGGUGCUUCCUGUCAGCCCCAGCAGCAGCAACAGCACAUGCCUUCCCUUUUGUCCCCACAACUCCGCCAGCCUACACCUCCUCCCUCCCCACCUCCAGAGCUGUCGUUUCCCUUACCUGAUACCCCUAAGCAGAGCCCCCCUAGUCCAGAUGUAGCCCAACCUCAGCGUUCACCAAGUUCCUCUAGCUCUGGUUCCUCCAGCAGUGGCAGCCGCAGUAGCAGCCCAGAGCCACAGAGGAGUGGACACGCCGAGCGCAAGCCUGGCCCACUGACCCUUCUGGCCAGAAAGAUGGCAUCAGAAGGGGCUUUCUCAGGAGCAGGUUGGCACAGUGGCGCUGGGGGAGGCGAUGGGCAGGACAGCACUUCACCUUUGGCCACAUCGUUUCCUGUUAGAGGGUCUCUGGAGGGUUCGGUAUCAGCCAUCAGUCACACAACCAACACUGCAGGCCAUGCGCCACCAUUUCCCAUGAUUCCAGGCACCAACCAGGGUGUCUCAGGAGCACAUCCAACCCACGUUCAAGUAUCUGUGAGUGCACUAAAAGCCUCUGCUACAGAAGAGAGGGACAGAGAGAGGGACUCUGAGAUAGAGAGAGAAAAAGCUCUUGAGCUCGAGAGGCAGAGAAAACUUGAACAAGAACGAGCAAUGGAGGAAGAGCGCCAAAGAGCUCUUGCUCGGGAAAGAGAGGAGAGAGAGAGGGCUUUGGAGAAAGAGAGAAUUGAACGCCAGCAGGCCUUAGAGAGAGAGGAACGAGAGAGGGCUUUGCAGCGGGAGAGGGAGCUCGCUCUAGAACGAGAGAGGCAGGAAAGAGAACGAGCUUUGGCUAAAGAGAGGGAAGAGCGUGAGCGAACCCUGGAGCUUGAGAGGCAGAAGGAGCUCGAAAGACAGAGGGCUCUGGAGCUUGAGAGGCAGAAAGAGCUUGAAAGACAGAGGGCCUUGGAGCUUGAGAAACAGAAAGAACUAGAACGGCAAAGAGCUCUGGAGCUUGAGAGACAGAAGGAGCUGGAAAGACAGAGGGCCUUAGAACAGGAGCGUCUGCAGAGAGAAAAAGAGGAGCAGGAGAAAGUGAUGGAGCAGGAAAGGAAAGAGCGAGAGAGAAUUGAGAAAGAGAAAGCCUUGGAACGAGAGAGGAUAGAAAGAGAAAAGGCUCUUGAGAAGGAAAGAUUGGAGAGGGAGAGAGCCCUGGAACAAGAGAGGUUAGAGCUUGAGAGGAAGGAGAAGGAGAGAAUAGAAAGAGAGAAAGCACUUGAGCAAGAGAGGAUAGAGCGGGAGAAAGCCUUGGAAAGAGAGAGGUUGGAGAGGGAGGCAGCUCUGGAAAAGGAGAGGAAGGAGAGGGAAGCAGCUUUGGAAAAGGAGAAGAAGGAGAGGGAGGCAGCUCUGGAAAAGGAGAGGCUGGAGAGGGAGGCUGCUCUGGAAAAGGAGAGACUGGCGAAGGAGGCUGCUCUGGAAAAGGAGAAAGCUGAGAAGGAGAGGCUGGAGAGGGAGAAAGCUGAGAAGGAGAGGCUGGAGAGGGAGAAAGCCGAGAAGGAGAGGCUGGAGAGGGAGAAAGCUGAGAAGGAGAGGCUGGAGAGGGAGAAAGCCGAGAAGGAGAGAAAAGAGAAGCUGGAGAGGGAAAAAACCUUAGAACAAGAGAAACUUGAAAGGGAGAGAGCCUUGGAGAAAGAGAGGAAGGAGAAGGAGCUAGAGAAAGAGAAAGCCCUUGAACAGGAAAGAAUAGAGAGAGAAAAAGCCAUGCAGAAAGAAAAGGAGGAACAGGAGAGAGCUCUGGAGAAGGAGAAAGAGCGAUCUAGGAUGGCUGAAAAGGAGAGGGAGAGUCACCUCCCUCCAUUCAAACGUGGCCGGGAGAUUGGUCUCACAUCCACUGCUCCCCCCCUCUCCACAGGACCAGGUAGAAAUGCAUCCACAGAGGCAGCAGAACAGGAAGAUGUCAGCGCUCCUGUGUCCAGGAGUGAAGCAGCAGAAUCUGGUGCAGCCAUGUCAGCAACUCCUCUGUCACCUCAGUCCUCGUUCAAGAAGUUCCGGUUCUUUAGAGACUCCCCAAUUCAGCCCCAAACUUCUUCCAUUUUCAUUAAGCGGCCUAGAAACUUCUCUGAUACUCCCCAGCCUUGGGCCUCACCUGUCCCUGCUAAUGUUGCGGAGCAAGGACACAAACCCUCCACUGAACAGGAGGAACCCCAGAUGCAGACAAAACCAGAGAAAUCUAUGGAGACCCAGCCUGAAAAGGAGACCACAGUGGGUACCAAACCUGUCCAAAGUCCAAAAAAAGAAGAGACAGCAAACCUCUUACCAAAGGACAGCCACAAAGCGAAUUCAGAAAAAACUCAACACACUGAUAUGGAAUCCACUCAAAAAGAAAAAGAGGUUGAUGAAAGGAGUCCUGCAGGCCCAGUAGACGAUUCACAGCGCAGGGGCAGAGAUGCAAAGAAAGAGGAUAAAAAACAAAGAAAACGUUCAUCAUCGAAUGAUUCGUCUUCCUCAGACUCAGAUUCUGGGUCAUCAUCCUCUCGAUCCUCUAGCUCAUCAUCAUCAUCUCAAGAGAAAACUCCCUCCUCAAGAGAUAGAAGGGAAGGCAAGUCUGAAAGAGAAUCCUCACUACAGCAGAGGGUGACACUAGAGGCUCGGGAUAAAGAUUCAAAGGAAGCUCCAAAAGCAUCCCCUCAGAAAUCGGUCGAGAAGAGUGACACAACUGCUGAUGAAGACAGACAAGCCAAGAAAAAGUUCAAUGAAGCACUGUCCAGAGAGGAGCUGCAGAGGAACAGGAAGGACAGCAAAGAAGAAGAGGGAAAGGACAAGCACAGGCAGGAAAAGGAGACUGCCAUGGCAGAGCCAGAGAAGCUCCCAGAGACCAGCGAGGAGACGCCGAAGGCCUUCUCAGCUCGUAAGAUCUCUCUUAGCAGCAGUAAAUCUUCACCAGGUUCUGGAGGAACAGAAGGCGAGCAGGAGUCUGGGGCCGUGGCCGGCCGUAAGAGGAGAUGGGGCUCCAGCACAGCAGUCACGGCUAAGAAGCCUUCAAUCAGCAUCACAACAGAUUCACUAAAGUCUCUGAUCCCAGACAUUAGGCCAUGUCUCGGCCAGGAGGCAAUUGUGGACCUGCAUCCUGAAGAGGCUGUCCUGUCUGGGGCUGAGGAUGAGGAGAGGGAGCGCUCUGACCAGGACCUUCAGAUUCGACGCACUGUCACACAGGUGGUGCACUCGGAGAGCCAGGAGAAUGGACAGAAAGAGGCAAAGAGGAGCAGAUGUGAGGAGUUUGAGGAGGACGACUUACAGGGCGACAGAGACAAGAUGGGGGAGUUUGAGGAGAAGAUUGACACCUCAUUUUCUGGAGCCAUGGAAACGCAUUCUCCACUUCAUACAAGCCAUGAUGAAGAAAUCAACACUGUGACACCCAGCGACACCCUCAUUCGUCGCUCCAUCAGCCAGCAGAAAACUGGAGUUUCUAUCACGAUUGAUGACCCUGUGCGCACAGCCCGACAGCCCUCACCACCUCGAGGGAAAGUCUCUUGCAUCGUUCAUAUCAGCAACCUGGUGAGGCCGUUCACUCUUGGCCAGCUCAAAGAAUUGCUCAGCAGAACUGGCACCCUGGUGGAGGAGGGUUUCUGGAUUGACAAAAUAAAGUCUCACUGCUACGUCACUUACUGCAGCUCCGAAGAGGCAGUCGCCACACGGGCAGCUCUUCAUGGAGUGAAAUGGCCUCAGAGCAACCCUAAAGUCCUCAGUGUAGACUUCUGCCAGCAGGAUGAGCUGGACUUCCACAAAGGCUUGGCAGACAGACCAGGAGCAGAAGAUUCUGGCCGUAACCGAGCUUCGGGCCUGCCCUCUCUCCUCACAGAGCGAGAACAGUGGGCAGAGCGGGAGCGUGAGAUGGAGCGCCGGGAGAGGGCUCGAGCAGAGCGGGAGUGGGACCGGGACAAGGUCAGAGAAUUUGGAAAAACCGGAGACGAGAAGGAAGGAGGUGCCAGGAGGUCACGCUCCAGAGAGAGACGACGCAAAGAGAGGGGGAAGAGCAAGGAGAAGAAAACUGAGAAGAAAGAGAAAGCAGCUGAAGAUCCUCCUGCAAAGCUUCUUGAUGAUCUAUUCCGUAAAACUAAAGCUGCUCCCUGCAUAUACUGGCUUCCACUGACAGAGGAACAGUAUGUUCAGCGGGAGGCUGCAAGAGCAGAAAGGAUAAAGGAGCGCCAGAAACGGUGGAAGGAGUUGGAAGAGGAGGAAGGGAAAAAAAGGGAAGAGGAGGAGCGCAAGGAGAGGACCAAGCCUGCAGCCGGGACAGCAGGAGAGCGCAGUGAGGGUGAGAAAGACAAGGACAGAGACAGAGACCGAGAGAGGGACAGAGACAGAGACAGAGACCGAGGUAGAGACAGAGACAGAGACAGGGAACGGGAAAGGGAGAGGGAAAGGGAGAGGGAGAGGGAAAACGACAAACGCAGGGAUGGCUACCGUAGACCGGGGGGCAGUGCGACAGGUGGGAGCCGACGCUCACGCAGCCGCAGCGACCCACGAGAAAGGCGGCGUUAACAGCCUACCAACAGAUGGAACUGUCCUAGAGACUACCCUCUCCCAUUUGCCUUUCACUACAUGUACUUUGUUACAACUAAGACCCAACAGAGGACCAACUGAUGUCGUCACCAUCUCUCAGAUCAUCACCUUUUUUAAAGCACAUCUACACCUACACAGUCAUGCUUAAAGGGGACCAUGAUUCUUUGCAGUGUUGCUCCCCAGAGUGCUGUACGUUUUGCUUCUGUCCAGGUUUGAUAUUUCUUUAUACGUUUGCCUCUUUGUUUCUUUUUCUUUGGGUUUGUCCUGACGGCAUAGCAGUACGGCACGCUGGGUAAUUUUGAUAAUUUCCCCGUGUUCCCCAUUUUCCACAAAGUGUAGGUGCCAAUUUUAAUUUGCAUCACUUGUUGUUGCCUCAGUGUUUUAACGGCUCUCCAUUUGGAUGAGGAAUCCUUCUGUUGCUGCUUGUAGUCCAAGGCUCUUCUUGCCAGUCCUGCCUAAAGAGAAAACUAUGCCCUAUUUGCAGAGGGGUGCUUCAAAAAAAAAUAAUGGAAAGGUUUGUUUGGCCUUUUGUACAGACAUGUAAGAUUACUCGAAAUCAAGUCUUUAAAUGAGGCAGCUCUGGGGUAUUUUUGGACAGAUGUGGAAUAACUACUAAGGAAAUGCAGUGUUUCUCUCUCCCUCUUUUUAAUUAAGAGAUGAGAUAAAUCUCUGAGGGGGGAGAAUCUUUGUCACACUUGACACAAGCUAUGAUUAUGUCCUAAUCAUUGAUUCUCUUCUUCCUUGCUCAUCCUCUUCCUCCUGUUCUCUUACCCUGUAGUAUCAGUACAGGCCCAAGGGGGGGAAGUUGUCAAGAGUUUUCUCAACAAUGGUUUUAAUAUUGUUUUUUAAUCAUUAUUUUAUCAUUUUAGUACGGAGGUUUGUUUUUGUUUUUUAAUUUCUUCUUUGAGUACGCCUAUCAGUGGUGAAUGUACAAAUAAUAAAAAG